GCCCCUUGCUGGCGGGAGUCGGAUUGAGGAGGAAUUGACCAACCCAGAAAGACCCUCACUUAGUUUAGUCGCUCACCACCAGCCAGGGCCUCCAAAUCGGGUUCUUGUGGGCAACUAUCGUCGCCCUUCUCUCACGUUUAGCACUUGCCCUGUGGCAAUCCCUUCCUCGCCAAUUCCUAGAAACCUAGAAUAUCUGCCGCCGCCCGAGAGUGAAAAAAUGGGUAGAGAGGAGCAAGAUUUGUUGAAGGGUAGUAAGGUGAUCUCGUCAGAUUACGGAACCCUCGCUACGUCUGCUCGGCAAGCCUUGUCGUCCUCGCCGUCGUGGUCGACAACACAGGACGGUGGCAGCUUAGAGACGACACUUACUACAGAGACAACAGGCCUUCUCGGGGGUCACCCUAACAAUAUAUCAAAGUGGGAUGAGGCAGCCGCUGCUGGCACAGUGUACACUUCGUACACCAGAGAGGCAAGGAUGCUUGUGAAAUGCACUGCGCCUUUAUGGCUCACCUUCUUGCUACAAUACAGUUUAACAUUUGCAUCUCUCUUUUCAGCUGGAACGUUGGGGAAAAAUGAACUUGCUGCUGUUACCCUGGCAGGCAUGACUGCAAACAUUACCGGCUAUGCUGUAUUUCAAGGGCUUAGUACAUCGUUGGAUACAUUGUGUGCACAAGCAUAUGGAUCGGGAAACAAGGCUCUUGUGGGCCUUCACUUACAGCGAAUGAUAUGGUUCCUUGGGUUGGUUUCUGUUCCAAUCAUCACCGCUUGGUGCUUUGCGGAGCCGAUUCUUCACGCAAUGGUUCCUGAGCCAGAAUUGGCCGUGCUAUCGGGUAGAUACUUGCGUAUCUUGACUAUUGGAGCACCUGGAUUUGCGCUAUUCGAAGCAGGGAAGAGGUUCACUCAAGCCCAGGGCAAGCACCCUGAUCCUUUUUAUUUUAUUUUCCUUUUCCACAUCUGCAUAUUCGCUGCAUCAACCUUCGUGCUCCUCAUCUGUGCGCCUGUAAACGCUGUCUUGAAUUAUCUUCUUGUCUGGCAUCCAACAAUCGGAGUUGGGUUCAAUGGGGCACCAUUUGCUGUCGUUAUUGUCGAUUGGCUUAUGCCAAUCCUACUAUUCUGUUAUGUCUAUUUUAUCGAUGGUCGUGAGUGCUGGACUGGGUUCACUAAGAGAGGGCUUCAAAACUGGUGGCCUAUGAUCAAACUCAGCCUUCCUGGCCUAGCGAUGAUAGAAGCAGAAUAUCUGGCCUUCGAACUUUUGACACUAAUGUCCGCCCGCUUUGGAACAUCGUACCUUGCUGCCCAAUCGAUUAUCUCGACUGGAGCUACAAUUACCUACCAACUAGGAUUCGCUCUCUCUAUCGCUAGUUCUACCCGGGUAGCAAAUUUCCUGGGUGCGGCUAUGGGUGACGCAGCGAAAGUUUCCGCACGUACAGGCUUCGUGGUCGCAAUUGCCGUGGGUAUCUUCAAUUGCUGCGCAAUGCUCAGCGUACGCAAACAGUUUGCCAAGUUGUUUACCGCCAACGCCGAGAUUAUCUCGCUUGUUGUGCGUGUCAUGCCCUUGACUGCGGCUUUCCAGCCCCAUGACGCACUGGCGUGUCUCGGGUCUGGGCUUCUCAGAGGACAAGGGCGACAACAUAUCGGGAGUUACAUCAACAUCAUCGGGUACUACGGUAUCGCGAUGCCCGUAUCCGUGAUUUGCGCCUUCGUCCUUGGGUGGAAGCUUAUGGGAUUGUGGUGCGGUGUUGUGGUUGCCUUGGCAUUCGUCUCAAGUUUGCAGUCCUUCAUUAUCCUUAGGACCAACUGGGAUAAGGUGCGGACACUUCCAUCCCACACUCUCUCUUCUGAUAGCAAGGUGUUAAUUUGAGCCAACAGUGCGUUGAAGAGGCCCAAGAAAGAAUCAACGCUGGCUGACUGGGCUGUCCCAUGAACGCAAUGCAUGGACAAUGGAUUCCCUCGCCCAUUCAUUUAUGGCACUAACUUUACACUUUUUGCUGUGAUGACCAUUGGGGUCCGAAGAAGAGGAACGUGACUAAAAACUUGACGUGACGAAACCUGACAUAUACGAGAGUUGCGGGCGUAAAAUCGAUGUUUUUUUUGGUUUUUUUUUAUGUAAGAUAUCAUUAACAUUUCUCUAUUCAUUUUUUUCAUUUUUUUCACCCUUUGCGUUUGAUCUAGGUUUUAUCAAUCAGGGUGGCGACAUAGGAGAGUGUUGUGACAUAGCAUGGUCAUAUUUUGCUUUUCAUUAAAAGUUUUCUCCACUUC